CGCGGGCACCCGGCCCCCCAGCGGGAGGAUGAAGCGGCGGAACGCCGACUGCAGUAAGCUCCGCCGCCCCCUAAAGCGGAACCGGAUCACCGAGGGCAUCUACGGCAGUACAUUUUUAUACCUGAAAUUCCUGGUAGUGUGGGCACUUGUCCUCCUGGCCGAUUUUGUCCUGGAGUUCAGAUUUGAAUACCUGUGGCCAUUCUGGCUUUUCAUCAGAAGCGUCUAUGAUUCCUUCAGAUAUCAGGGACUGGCCUUCUCAGUAUUUUUUGUCUGUGUAGCAUUCACGUCAAAUAUAAUAUGUCUGCUGUUUAUCCCCAUACAAUGGCUUUUUUUUGCUGCUAGCACAUACGUAUGGGUUCAGUACGUAUGGCACACAGAAAGGGGAGUGUGCCUGCCUACAGUGUCCCUCUGGAUACUCUUUGUUUAUAUCGAAGCAGCAAUUAGAUUUAAAGAUCUCAAAAAUUUUCACGUAGACCUCUGUCGUCCAUUCGCUGCUCACUGUAUUGGGUACCCUGUGGUGACUUUGGGCUUUGGCUUCAAAAGUUAUGUAAGCUACAAAAUGCGGUUAAGGAAGCAAAAGGAAGUGCAAAAAGAGAACGAAUUUUACAUGCAGCUUCUUCAGCAAGCCCUCCCUCCAGAACAGCAGAUGUUACAGAAGCAAGAAAAAGAAGCUGAGGAAGCAGCCAAAGGAUUACCUGAUAUGGAUUCUUCCAUCCUUAUACACCACAAUGGAGGUAUCCCAGCCAACAAAAAACUCUCCACAACUUUGCCAGAGAUAGAAUACAGAGAAAAAGGGAAAGAAAAGGACAAGGAAGCCAAAAGACACAACCUUGGAAUAAAUAACAACAAUAUUCUACAACCUGUAGACUCUAAAAUACAAGAGAUUGAGUAUAUGGAGAACCAUAUCAAUAGUAAAAGAUUAAAUAACGAUCUUGUGGGAAGUACAGAAAAUCUUUUGAAAGAGGACUCAUGCACUGCUUCCUCAAAAAAUUACAAAAAUGCCAGUGGAGUUGUGAACUCCUCACCUAGAAGUCACAGUGCAACAAAUGGGAGCAUUCCUUCGUCUAGUAAAAAUGAGAAGAAGCAGAAAUGCACCAGCAAGAGCCCAAGUACACACAAGGACAUAAUGGAAAAUUGUAUUCCUAAUAACCAGCUAAGCAAACCAGAUGCACUGGUAAGGCUGGAACAAGACAUUAAAAAGUUAAAGGCUGACCUGCAGGCCAGCAGGCAAGUGGAACAGGAGCUCCGCAGUCAGAUUAGCUCCCUCUCGAGCACCGAGCGCGGGAUCCGCUCAGAAAUGGGCCAGCUCCGGCAGGAGAACGAGCUGCUGCAGAACAAGCUACAUAAUGCUGUGCAGAUGAAGCAAAAAGACAAGCAGAAUAUCAGCCAACUGGAGAAAAAGCUAAAAGCUGAGCAGGAAGCGCGAAGCUUCGUAGAAAAGCAGUUAAUGGAGGAGAAAAAAAGGAAGAAGUUAGAAGAAGCCACUGCUGCCCGGGCUGUCGCAUUGGCUGCUGCGUCUAGGGGGGAGUGCACCGAGACCUUGCGGAAUCGGAUCAGAGAACUAGAAGCAGAGGGCAAGAAGCUAACAAUGGACAUGAAGGUGAAAGAAGACCAGAUCAGAGAACUAGAACUGAAAGUUCAGGAGCUUCGGAAGUAUAAGGAAAAUGAGAAGGACACUGAGGUGUUAAUGUCAGCCCUCUCAGCCAUGCAAGAUAAAACACAGCACCUGGAGAACAGUCUGAGCGCAGAGACCAGAAUCAAGCUGGACCUCUUCUCUGCACUCGGCGACGCAAAGCGGCAGCUCGAGAUUGCCCAAGGACAAAUCCUUCAGAAAGACCAGGAAAUCAAGGACCUAAAACAGAAGAUAGCUGAAGUCAUGGCCGUCAUGCCCAGCAUAACGUACAGUGCCGCCACCAGCCCCCUGAGCCCUGUUUCCCCCCAUUAUUCUUCCAAAUUUGUGGAGACCAGCCCCUCUGGACUUGAUCCCAAUGCCUCUGUUUACCAGCCCCUGAAGAAAUGAAGGCCAGCUGUGUGUUUUGCCCAACCAUUUGGUUACCAGAAAGCAUCGCAAAGGAACGUCUCUGGCAGUCAAGAUAAAAAAAAAGUUUAUAUUGUAUUUUGUGGGGACUGUACAUGUUGUCAUUUUUAAAAUGGGGGGGAAGAUACCAUCCAAGUCUGAUUAGAACUGCCCAUCAGUUUUUCUUGUAAAUUUUUAGAAGACCUCACAGAACUUUGCAGUUUAUUUUUCUCGGUCAACACAUUAAAACCAUUCUUGGAUUUCAAGUGGCCAAUUUUGCCUUUUAUGUAUUCUUACAUGGUUUCCUCUUGAAGAAAAAAAAAAAGUCAGGGUUUUUGCAUCUCAACCCUUAAUUUUUGUUUUGUUCUUAAGCAAAUAAAACCUGCACAUUGGAUUCACAUAGGAUAAUGAAAACUUUGAGUUUUUAGAGUGAAAGGGUUAAAUAAUCUAACACAGCUUUGAUUUUAUAGCUGCAUCAAAGAAGAGGAUUAUUGAUAUUACAGAAAACAAAAAUUGAUUACCCCUCCAAGGACUAGUUCAAGGAUCAUCAUUUCAGCUGAGAGGAGAGACUUAGUGAUGAGACUAGCUGUGAUAAUAUAACAGGGGUUGUGUUUUGAAGUAUUUCUAUUCCCAUCGGUGUGGUUAGUCCUAGGAAAUUGCUGGCAGCAGUCUUGUUCACAGUGCCUUGGGAACAGACGUUUCAAGAGGAAACUUGAUAAUUUUAAACUAUUUUCCCCCUUUACUAUCAUCUAUCUCCUGUCUAUAUCAAGCUCACUGCGAAUCCUGCCGUAAAGCUGGUGGGUAGCUGGGCUAUUCGUUACCACCAAGGUUGUAUCUUCUCUGUUGUUUUAAUAGAAAGCACCUCAGUGUUCUGUAACUGCCUGGAGUAAAGCACUUUGGGAAGGGAAACUGGGCAGUUUGUGUAUGGGAGACUGUAAUGGUGGCUACCAAAGCUGCAGUUCUUGGUGGGGUCCCCCCCGCCCCCCGCCAGUUUAUUUAACUCUGUUUUCCACUUUUCAUCAUCUUGUGUUUGACUGUUGAAAAGAAGCUGACUUUCUCAGCUCUUGUGCCAAGGAGAGUUUUUUUUUUUUUUUUUAAGUUUUUAAAUCCAAAUUGCAUAAAGAUUUCGUUUCAAAUGUAUAUUCUACAUUGGUAGAAAAAUGUUUGCACUGGCAACUUUUGGAAGUGUUUAAGAAUAGAGUGGGGUGAGGGGAGGGCCUGGGAGAGGGAGGGGCAAAUCAAAAUUAUAUGUGGAAACUAGGAAAAUUAAGAAACUAAAUAGAUUGGUUUUGCUUCCUUGUCACGGAUUCUGGAAGGACACAGUUCUUCUAAAAUUUCCUGUUAAUUGGCAUGUACGUCUCAUUUUAAACCAAAUUAAGUAGGACAAGCAAGUCAGUAAAAUAGGAGUAUUAAAAAGAAUCAUCAUUUUAUUCACUGAUCUUAUUUUGGGAUUAAAAAAAAAAAAAAAAAACCUCUAGCUUU